AUGGCGUCUCCAGAUGCUAGUUCUGUGCAGACAGUCAAGUUGAAGGUCCUCUACACGUUCGAUGUCGACUCAAAAGACAAUCACCUCACACGAUGGCCUCAAUCCAUUCAAGUCAACACCUGUUUCCUCGAUAACGUUAGUCAGAUCGGCGUCGUUGACCUGCGGACAUGCCUCGAAGCUAUUGUCACGGCGAGUCCGGAGCUCACAUCGCAGGUCGAGAUGGACUACGCAGUCUAUGCCUACGACUAUUCCGAAGAUGAUACACCACUGGUGGGCCAGGGUUUACUGUCGAAAAACAUCGGCGAGGAGGACAUGGAGCAGGAGAAUGAAGCCAUGAUCACUGGCCGCAUAACCAAGGGCUUGAUGGGUCUGCUGAACAAGAAUGCACAACCUACUCUUGAGGUCAAGCUACGACUGAAGCCUGUCGCCACUGCUGUGCAACGACAACGCUCAGGUAGCGUCAGCAGUCAGGACGGACGCCCCUCGUGGCUACAGAAUCCUGAAGUCGCUCUUCAGCGGUCCGCCUCGCCGAUGGACACGUCAGGAAUCGAGAACAUGCAGCGGAUGAUAAGCGAGGGAGGUCCUCCACGAGACCGUGAUGGCUACGCUCAUUCGCGACCAGGCAGCCGUGCAGGAACCCCUGGAGUCCAGCAAUCAUAUGACCAAUCGCAGCGGCAGUUGGCGGAUGAAUACUCGCGACCCAGCUCGAGGUCUGCCAUGCGUCAGCCGCCACAGGCUCGGCGUGACUCAUUCAGCGGAUACUACAGUGCGGAUGAGACCAUCGAAGAAGGACAUGCUCGGAAGCGAGCAAAGAUCACAAAGGUCAACGCGCCCAAUAAGGGUAGCUUCAACAUCGAGCAGCAGCCAGACGGCUUGCGAGCCAUCGCUGGCAAAGCGAGCAGCGUGCGCCUCCAUCGUCCGACGCCUGUUCAUCCCCCAGGCCUUCUCAACAAUGUCUUUUCCAACGAAGAGCCUGUACGACCACCAACUCCAGUGCCCAGCACCAAAGCCACCCGCCCACGUGGUCGACCCAGGAAAAACGCGCCCAGUACUCUGAGUGCCGCACCUUCUGUGCAAGCUAUUCAACAAAAGGUCGACUAUUCCGAAUCAGCCGUUCUAUCUCCUGACGACCACCGGACACGCAGCGUUUCUAGUACACCCGCCAACAUCCCCUCUUCGCCUCCCGUUAUGCCCCAGCAACUGCUGCCGCGCACUAGUCCUGUGUUGCCUCCCAUGCAUACUGGCUCGGUUGAUUCCGGCUUUGGCAGUGGCAACAUGGAUGAUGACAUCUUUGGCGAAAAUGGGAUGGUGCAGUUCGAUGAUUUCGAUUUCAACAAAGCAGCAGAUGUUAAUCUUGACCUCGACUUCGGCCAAUUUGAUAAUCAACAGUACCCUCCUUUAUUCGCCGGUAAGACGCAAAUACCUGAGGUUCAGCAAGUUCCUACCGAUAAUCAUCACGACAUUGCUCAAGGUUACGAGCCUCCAGCUUCACGAGCCUUUCUUCCACCACCCUCUCGGCCCAUCGAGCGAUCGCAGUCUUUCACGCCCGUUACCCGACCUCAGACUAGCAUGUCCUCUCCAAAGCUCGCGCCUGCACCGUAUCCUCGAGCUCGUCAGAUCACUGAGGAGCAACAAAAGACGCUGCCGAAACUUGUCACACGUGAACUGGCGCCAAUUCCUGCUAGUGACCCAGGCACUCGGAAGAUAGAGCGGUCUCAGACAUGGGCGCCCGAUAGUGAUGCUUUGAUGUCUGAGGCCCUCGCCGGUCCAGAUGGAUUCCAUAAUAACAUGUCAAGAAGCAAGAAGAGGCCCGGUAAAGAGCAGACCAAAGCACGGCUAGAGAACGCGAUCGCUUCUGGCGCAAUGCCCCCUUACUGCGACAACUGCGGUUGUAUUGAAACGCCGGCAUGGAGGCGAGGGUACGCUAAAGUGUUUGAUUGUCCCUACGACGAUAUUGAGACAGGCCUGGGAUCUGGCGACAUUGUCUACAAGCACCCCCUUACCAAUCACGAAGACGGAGCCAUUAAAACAUUCCGCGGUUACAAAACUGACAAGCGGCCAGAGGAUGAGUCCAAUGGCUGGAAACAAAUUUGCUUGUGCAACCCUUGCGGUUUGUGGUUUCAUAAGCAAAAAUGUCCCAGACCAAAGGAAAAGUGGCAGAAGGCACCCAAAGGAAAGCGAAAGCGCAACGGCAAAGGCCCAAAGGCCGCAAAGAAGCCGAAUGCUCCACCGAACCCUCGGAGCGAUGCCCCAACACCUGCUAGCGAUGACUCCUCGCCAGCUGACACGGACGCACUCGACUAUGAUAACGACGAGGACAUGCAGGAUAUGCAGGGUGGCGAGGACGAGGCGACUGAGCCCCAGCUCCCGCCUAUGCCGCGAGAUACGCGCGCCAGCAGCGCUGAUCCACCGGCUCAGGGCUUGAGACGGGCGACCAAAGCGGCUCAGGAGCAGCGUCAGAUACAAUCAAGCCCAACAAAGGGCGGCAGGUCCGAGGCUGAUCCUAUUGAUGUUGAUCUGACCCCAAAGCCACUUCGAAGACAGCUCUUUCCAUCACCAGACAAAGCUCCCAGCGCACCUGGGUCUGGGCACGGGUCUGGUAGCAACCCCAGGAAUGGGGCACUCCUACCCUCUUUCGUGCGACGCAGUCCUCGCCUUACAAGGACUAAAGACGUUUUCCAAAUUUCAGGCAUAGCCGGAGCAGUCGCAUUAACGGCGGAUGGCAAAGAGAACAUUAUGCCCGAGCUGGCUGUGGAGCAUUCCUCCAUGUCAAUUGAUGACCUGUUCGAGGCCAAUGGGGAUGCAUCUCUGUUGCCUCCCUCCACACCUCAACGGCGAUCGGAGCGAUUACUGUCAAAGACGCCUCAGCAAGGAUUUGGCGCUGAGGUUUCAGCGAAUAUCCAACGAACUCCCAAUCUCCGCACCCCGAGACACAAGCAGGCACAGCACCCACUUACAGCGGCCUUGCUGGGCACUGCAGUCAAAGACGUGACUGAGAUGACACCAUUCUCGCGUUCGAUCCAAGACGCCUUGAAUGGAGCAUUCGUCACACCAGGAAAGGAUAAAGGCUCGCGAAAAAGCACCCCUCACAAGGGCGUGUCGUUUGAUUUUCCUGACCUGCCGUCUCUGAAGGGUUCAUCACCAUUUAGCAACGACAUGCCGUUCAAUAUCGCUUUCUCGGAACUUCCAACUGACAUUCAAACUGACAUGACUAUGUUCAGCACCGAUGGCCCAAUACCUAGCUCGCCACCGAACUACCUCCACUUUAUAGAUCCAAAGGGCAACGGCGAGCACAUCUCAGAUGAAUGGAGUCACAUGGAGGAGCAAACUGCCAAAACGUCGAGCUACCCAGAUCCAACUGAAUUGGGCAUUGCUCCCACAGGCACGCCACGGCGCAGUCCAAGAAACAACAACAAAUGA